GUAUACUCAAAAAAAUGAAAGAAGUGUGUACGCAUAUGUUUACAUCAGGCGGAAACUCAGAUCUAUUGCUACCAGAUCGGCAAAAAAAGUAGCAACCAUAUGAAAAAGCCAUCAGAUCGGCGGAAGAAAAGUGGAGAAGAGAAGAAAAGAAGACAUUCUGCCACCAUCCACCGACCCUGAUGCGGCCUGCCGCCGUCCAACGUUGUCCCGCCAUCCAACGUUGUGCUGCCACUUCCACAUCGUCGUGUGUUACAUCUUCUCCGUUGUGUCUGAUUUCUAGUUGCACCACAUGCUCCUCUUCAUCACGAUGAAAGGGAAGUAUUGUUGGGAACUGCGAAUUGUAAAAUUAAUUAAAAUUUAAGACUCGUCGAUCCUUCUCCUCCCGUUCUCUGCUCGCUGUGUGGAACUGUGGCUCUGUCAGCUGUCUCAGAUACGCAGGCGCAACGUUCCAGGCUUGUAGAGUAGCAGUCCACAGUCCAACCCUCAACGGCUACACCGUCUCCAUACCUCCAACCUUCCACGGCUCCAUCCCUGAGAUGAAGAAAUAGAUCUAUACAUCCCUGAUUGUCCUUCAACUUAGUCAUGAGGAUAGUUGGAUUAACGGGAGGAAUUGCUUCUGGGAAGAGCACCGUCUCCAAUCUUUUCAAGUCCCACGGUAUUCCUGUAGUUGAUGCCGACAUCGUUGCCCGUAAUGUCUUGAAAAAAGGCACUGGCGGAUGUAAAAGAGUUGUGGCUAUGUUUGGGGAGGACAUCUUACAGGCCAAUGGCGAGGUGGAUCGUGCCAAGCUAGGUCAAAUUGUUUUUUCUGAUCCCACAAAGCGUCAGCUUCUUAAUAGGCUGUUAGCACCUUAUAUUUCAUAUGGUAUCUUUAUGGAAGUCUUGAAGUUGUGGAUCAAGGGUUGCAAGACAAUUGUUCUCGAUGUCCCCCUUUUAUUUGAAGCUAAGAUGGAUAAAUGGACUAAGCCUAUAGUUGUCGUUUGGGUUGAUCCUGAGACACAACUUCAGCGGCUCAUGACAAGGGACCGGUCAACAGAGGAAGAAGCCAAAAGCAGGAUAAAUUCUCAGAUGUCUCUGGAUGUAAAGAGGGAAAAGGCAGAUAUUAUCAUUGACAACAGAGGGACACUAGGGGCUCUAAAUGAGCAGUUUGGAUUGGUGCUAAUCCAAAUCACAAAACCACUGACUUGGUCCGAAUAUGCGCUUUCUAGGCAAGGAGCUAUUCUUGGACUGCUUUCUAUUUUUGUUGGCAUUGUAAUAGCCAAGAACAGUUAAUGGAUGUAAUUAGUUUGUUUAGACUUUACAUCAGAUUUCAUGCUUGUAGCAUUUUAUGAAAAAGUCGUUCCUUUUUCAUGCUGUUGAUUGUGUUCUCGUGCCUUUGCUCCGAGAAAGUCUAGAAGAGCUAACAGACAUCCUAUUGCUUGUAGUUUUGAUGAUAAUGAACUCUCGUUGCAUUAAGUUUUUUUUUUAUGUUGAUGUUCAUGUCAAAAAUAGUGGCUGAAAAACUGAGAUCUUCACGAAUUAAUGAAGCCGUUACACAUCAAACUGUCCGAGCUCACAUAAGAGCUGACUCGGGCAGGCCAGACAGUUCGAUAUAGUGUCCCACAUAAAUAGCAAACACAUUCUGGAACCUGCUGGGUAUUUGGCCGGAGACAGGACUUGUCCAAACUGGUUCAGAUUCCUCCAAAUUAGUCCUGGACUCGGGCCGGGCGGCCCGGCCCGGAACCGGCCCGGCCCGGAACCGGCCCGGCCCGGUUACUAUUUGGCCCGGCCCGGCCCGGGGCCCGGUGGGUCCCUCGGUUCGGUUCGGCCCGGCCCGGCUGCUGGGCGGUUCGGGCCCGGGCCCAGGUUUUGGUGAACCGGCCCGGCCGGUUCGGGCCCGGUCCGGGCCGGAUUUUAAUUUUUUUUUUUUUUGAAUUUUUUUUAAGUUUUAGGUUGGAUUAGGUAUUUUGGGC